CACCGGAACGACAGCGUUUCCCGCCCAACGUGACUGAGAGACUGAUCUUCUUUCUUCUUCUUCUUCUUCCUCAUCCGGAAUAGGCUUUAGGGUUUUCUUCAAUUUUGAUAAUCCAAAACGCCGUCGUUUUGUAACCACGGAGCAAUGGGGACCGAACUGGUGGUCGCGACGGACCGUGUCCAGAAGUUCUUCGACGACCUAGAGGCCCAAAAGGCCAUCGUCUCCACCUCCACCAAGCUCUACGCGACCCUCUCCGAUCACUUCAACGCCCUCCACAAAUCGGUCGCCGAGAAAUCCCAAUCCCUCGACGCCAAAAUCGAAUCCCUAGAAUCGCGUUCCCGCCAAACCCUAGAGUCCCUCGACCUCCGGGAGAUCUCGCUCCCGGAGCGCGAGGCCUCCGCCGCGGCCCGCGUUUCGGAGCAGAAAGGCGCCGCCUUGGCCGAGUUCGAGCGAAACGUUUCGGGGAGUUUGGACAUCGCCGAAACGCUGAAGUCGUUGUGUAGAAAAAUGGACUCGGAGGGGUUGCUGAAGUUCAUAGUUUCGAAGCGGAAGGAGUCGGUGUCGCUGAGGGCGGAGAUUGUUCAGGCCAUGGCGGAGGCGGUGGACGCGCCGAGGCUGGUGUUGGAUGCGUUGGAGGGGUUUCUGGAGACCAAGGCCAAGAAAGUUGGGGUCACUGAUAAGCGGUGGGCCUGUGGGCUUUUGGUUCAGGCUUUGUUUCCGGAGUUGAGGUCCAAUUCGGGCCGGAAAGGGCCGGCAUUUGCCCGGAGUGUGGUGGAGAGAGCGGCGGGGGUUGCGGACACGUGGAAGGGGCAGAUGGAUGAGCUGAACAGGAGCGGUGGAGGGACGUUGGGGGCGGCGGAGGCGGUGAUGUUUGUGCAGAUGGUGAUUGGGUUUCAGUUGAGAGAGAAGUACAAUGAGGAGUUUUAUAAGAAGUUGGUGAUGGAACAUGCUGCUAGGAGAGAUAUGGCAAGGCUUGCAGGGGCUUUACAAUUCGGAGAUAUCGGAGAUGUUAUUGAUGAGUUAGUGAAGAAUGGCAAGGAGAUAGAGGCAAUAUAUUUUGCUUUUGAGUCUGGUUUGACAGAGAGGUUUCCUCCGAUUUCCCUUCUCAAGUCCUAUUUGAAGAACUCCAAGAAGAAUGCUUCAACCAUAAUGAAGAAUGGAAACAAUAGUGUGGCUGCAUCUGAGGAAUCGAGCACUUUGGAGUUGAAUUCCAUCAAAGCAAUGAUCAAAUGUGUAGAGGACCACAAGCUUGAAUCAGAGUUUCCACUCGAAGCCCUAAGGAAGCGAGCCACUGCUCUAGAGAAAGCCAAAGCAGAUAGAAAGAAGAAUUCAGCAGCAGCUUCCGGUAAGUCUAAUAACAAGCGUUCCUAUGGCGGCGGCGGCCGUGGAGGGGUUGGAUCGUCUUCUUUCCGGCCAGCCAAAGCAUCCAAAUAUUCCAAUGCGUACCCGUCAUCCUUUAACCGGAGGAUCCCAAAUCCUCCUCCACAGCACAGCCCUGUAACAAGAUAUCCUGGGCCGUACAAUUACCCAAGCCCAACCCCAACCGUGUAUGACGGCCCAACAUCAGUCUCUUACGGAACCUCAUAUGGAGUAGCCCGUCCUCAAAGCCCUGUUGCUCUUCCACAACAACAUAUCUACUCCCUAUCUGGGGACAACAGCAUGGCUGCUAGUUCUGUAUUCCGAAGUGGUGGUUCAUAUGGUGGCCAGACCAGCUAUGGAGGGCCAUACGAUUAUGCAAAUGCGACACCGCCAUCUUACCAACCGCUUCCUUAUGCAAAAUAAUUUUGCAGACAUAGCUACAUGGUUCCUGAUCUUCAGUUGGUGACUCGGGUCCCUUAUCAGAUAAUGCUUUUUUGUCCGUGUACUUCUUAGACAGUGACAUGGUCUAGCUUCUCUCACUUUGAUUUUUACCUUCCAAAUCAAAGGUUAGAAAAGUAAGAACAAUGACUCCCCUGGUUAUUAUAUUCAUUUAAUAUGGAGCACAAAACUUUUGGCCGUUGAUGAAUGGCCCUUCCA